AUGUAUGUGGGCGAUGAAGAAGGAGCAGUAGGAAUUACAAUCAAAGGUCAAGGACCAAGACAGCAAGAAGUAGAAGCAAGACAGUGUGAGAAUCAAGAUACAUUCAGAACGGAUCUAGCUGCGUGUGAAGCGUUAGACUUAUUAGCCAAUUGCAAGAUCAGCGAUAUUGAUGACGUCCCUUCUGAAGGGGAGUACGCUGAAAUAGAUGAAAUGGGUGUUUGGCAUUCAACGCUAGCACAGAAACACAAGUCAAAAGUAUCACUUACAUGGAUACUGAAAGAUAUAGACAAAACAGAAGUACCGAAAACAAACAAUUAUGAAAGACCAAUAAAACAAAUUAAUCAAAACAAAAAAGCAAUCAAAGAAAAAGGACGUAAUGAUUAUAAUCGUGAUCUGAGAUUCAAAACGGCUUGUGAGGAGUUCGCUAACAUUGAGGACUCGUGUUCUGACACGAGCGUCGCCACAGAAGAAUACAAGAAGAAACACAGGCACAGACACAGACGACGGAAGAAAAGAUUUGGAUAUGACAUACGAGAUUUGGAUACGUUCCUCACUGAGGCUACAAUCGAUCGUCCCGGCAACAUACCCGUAGUAAUAGCAUUUCCCACUACCUUGUACCAAACACAGAAGGAACUACAACGUGAGCUGACCCUGCCUCUCGGUACGGUGGUCAACGCGGUGUUUAAAAACCAGCAGUGGUUGUACACACAAACACCUCACGGAGAUGAAGGCUACGUCAUGUACAGUGCCUGUCUGCCGCUAGGAAUAUUGCCGAGACGAUCAUCGCUACAAAAGAAGGCGCCAUGUUGGGAAAGCAGCACAGAUAUUUAUCCAAAACCGUGCGGUAAUCUGACAGACAACGAAAAGGAACAGCUAAGAGGAAGAACGCGUUCAGAAAGCAGAUAUCGUCACAAAACAAAAAGACAUAAGUCAUGUGCUGAAAAGAAUUUUGAUAAUCUAUACUUAAGGACCAUAUCAUGUUCUAAUUUACAUGAUAAAGAAAAUAGGAAGGAAACGCGAAGACAGACAUUACUGGUGAUUAAUAGUGCGUACACGGGGAGUUACUACAAUAGGACGCUAACAGUGAAUAAGGGUGAAGUAGUGGUGUUGAUGGAUAGAGAGACUGAUGUGGACUUGGAGUGGUUUUAUGUGAAGAAGAGGGAUGGAAGCGAAGGUUUCAUACCGGCUGCCAUAGCUGGGCAUGGGUAUAUUUAG